AACUAGCUCUAUCUCUAAAUCACUUCCUCGCAACGAGUAAACAAACAUGGCGCAAGUGAAAGAUUUAAAAAACGCUAUUUCUGAAAGUUUGGAAAGAAAAGGUGUCCUGAACCAGGUGAAAGCUCAGAUACGUGCUGAGAUGUUCCACGUACUAGAUGAACAUUCAGAAGGAAAACCUCCAAUAUGUAAUGAAAACCUCAUUAUCAAUGAAUUGAUCUUAGAAUAUCUCCAGUAUAACAAAUACAAACACACUUCUUCAGUUCUUAUGGCAGAGGCUGGUCAGUCUGAAACUCGUUUAGACAGAGAAUUUAUCAAGAAUGAACUCAACAUUGCUGAGGAUUUAGAGACCAGCAGUGUCCCGUUGUUGUAUUCUCUAGUGAAUUUCUUCCUGCAACAAAGUGCUGGCAGCAAAACCAAAGUCACUAAGAAAGAAACUUGGCAAUAACACUUCAGAAUUGUAUGUGUUUCAUGUUUAGAUGUGUUUGUGCAAUGACAGGAUUGUCUACAGUUUGCAAUGAGAACUACUAUGCAGUUUUUUCAUGAAAAGGAUUCUACAUGUGUGUGUGUCUGUGUGUGUGUGUGGUGUGUUUUAUUAAAAUACUGAGUCCAACAAAAACCAUUCCAAAGACAAGAGGUCUAACCAUGUUUCUUCAAGCAUGUAAUGUCACUCACAUCAUCAUCAUCAUCAUCAUUUUUUUACUGCUUUCUAUGCUUGCAUGGGUUGGACAGGAACCUUUCAAAAUAUAUAGCAACUUGCCAUUAGUUGCAUUCCUUAUGUCUUGUCCUUUGUGAUGUUUGCCAUCCUGUAACCAGUUUUCAUUACUUCUGUCCAUAUCUUUCCCUUCUACAGCUUCUCUCCACUUGCAUCUCCUGGAAAUUCUUUACCCAUCUGUUACCAUCCAUAGACAUAACAUGUCCAUAUAAGUUCAGUGGUUUCUGUUACACACUACAUCUCAUUCCUCUUGAACCUAGUUUAUCUCUCAAUCUAUCUGUUUCACAUCACUAACACUUACUAAUAUGACACAUUUCACAGAGCAUGCUUUCUACAUUUCUUUCCAGCUUUUGCAUAUAUUGUGUAUGUAUUUGUGAGAGGGAGAGAUAGAGAUAGAUAGAUAGAUAGAGAGAGCGAGAGAAAGAGAGAGAGAGAGAGAGAGUGAGUGAGUGUAUUUGUUUAGACAAAUAUUCAUAGCUGAACAGACAGCCACAGUAGGUACUGCUCUGCUAAUAGAAACUGAAGCAAAACUUUCUAGGUGCAGAUUGGUGCCAUAGAAUUAUGUGUGUAUGUGUGUGUAAGAAGGGAGGGAAAGAAACUGCUGGAAUUCUGGGAUGCAAAUGACUUGAAUGACGUGAAUUUUAAGAUAUUAGCCAUCCACUUGAUUACCUAUCAAUAUGGUAAGUACACAAGAAAGAUUAACUACAUUCUCUCCAGAAUAUGAGAUGGGCAGAUGCUUGUAAAUGCAAUCUUUCUAUAGUGAAAAAUGUAUAAUCCAAAAUAAGUUAGUGAUUAGUGACUUCAAACUCAGAGCUACAAGGACUCAGAAAAGCAAACCAGUCUGGAAAAGGAAGAUAUAGAUGCAUAAAGACCCAGUAAGUAGUCAGAAAGUUAGAGAAAUUGAGUGGACGCAUUUGACAUAGAGAACAAUUGGAAGUUGCUACCGGACAAACUACUGAGAGUUACAGACCAAACCUGAGGCUGAUGCAAAGUUUUGGCCAGACAAAAGUUGUUGGUGUGGUGGUGCAACAGUGAAGUAGCCAGAGCUAUAAAAGUGUAAAGACAGUCUUGGAAAGACUGGAAAAAUAGAAAUGACAGAGAAUUUUAUCAGGUAGCCAGAAGAUUAGUGUGGGAGAAAGGUUUACACAGCUAAGGGAGAAGCAGAAAGUAGGAAAUCUGUCUGUUCAACAUGAGGAUCAGAGACAUGAGAUAUUUUGGUUUGCAAGACAAUAUAUCAGAGAGAAUCAGGAUGUUGUGGGUGAGAAGUGUAUGUGAAAAGAUGAUCCACUGUCCAUACUCACCUUUUUUUUAACUUGAGUUUGUUCUGGUACCCCUUACAAAGAUCAAGUUUCAUCACCUUAUCCCAUGUCUUCCUGGGUCUACCUCUAUCACAGUUUCCCUCCACAGUCAGAGAUUGACACUUCUUAUGCCCAACUUUUCUCUCAAAAUGCUUACAUUCUGUUGUACAUGCACACUGACAUUGCACAUCCAGUGAAGCAUACUGGCUUCAUUUCUUUCAAGCCUACGUAUGUCCUCGGUUGUCAC